UGGACACACCCUCUCAUUCAGUGUUUUUUCUUUAUUUGUAUUAUUUUCUAUAUUGUAGAUGAAUACUGAAGACAUCCGAACUAUGAAUGAACACAUAUGGAAUUAUGUAGUAAACAAAAGUGUUGCACAAACCAGAAUAUGUUUUGUGUUGUAUAUUCUUCACAGCAGCCUCCUUCUGCUCUGAUGACAGCUUUGUACACUCUGGAUAUUCUCUCAGUCAGAUUCAUGAGUCCAGCAGUCUGUCGUUAAAGACACUAAAUCUGCUCAGACAUCCAACAACUUUCCUUCACAUGAUCACACAUGGAGGGCAACACCUGUGUGGAGACCAGCCUCUGCUGGACCUGAAGCUGAACCUGAGCCCAGCUGUGUUUCCUUCAGGAGCAACCGGUCAAAGGAUUCACCUGUUAAUUUUAAACGACAGCGUUUAGCUGACAGAAGAGUCGACCAGGAGAGCUCAGAGGUUCCCAGAGGUCCGUCUGUCCAGCAGCGUCAGACACACCUGGACUCCAUAUUUAUGCUGCUGGAGGAGAACAUUGUCACUUUUGUGAAGAACGAGCUGAAGAAGGUCCAGAAGGUUCUGAGUUCAGAUUACCCAGAAUGCUCAGAGAGUCAGAGUGAGGAUGAGGAGGUGUUGGACGGUGAGGAUGAAGAGAAGAGGAGGAGCAGCAGAGAGGCAUUUCUGAAGAUCACACUUCACUUCCUGAGGAGAAUGAAGCAGGAGGAGCUGGCUGACUGUCUGCAGAGCAAAAGUCAUUCUGCAGUUUGUCAGCAUGAACUUAAAUCUAACCUUCAGAAGAAGUUCCAGUGUGUGUUUGAGGGGAUCGCUAAAGCAGGAAACCCAACCCUUUUGAAUCAGAUCUACACAGAGCUCUACAUCACAGAGGGAGGGACUGCAGAGGUCAAUGAUGAACAUGAGGUCAGACAGAUUGAAACAGCAUCCAGGAAACCACACAGACCAGAAACAACAGUCAGACAAGAAGACAUCUUUAAAGCCUCACCUGGAAGAGACGAACCAAUCAGAACAUUGAUGACAAAGGGAGUGGCUGGCAUCGGGAAAACAGUCUUAACACAGAAGUUCACUCUGGACUGGGCUGAAGACAAAGACAACCAGGACAUACAGUUCACAUUUCCAUUCACUUUCAGAGAGCUGAAUGUGCUGAAAGAGAAACAGUUCAGCUUGGUGGAACUUGUUCAUCACUUCUUCACUGAAACCAAAGAAAUCUGCAGCUUUGAAGAGUUCCAGGUUGUUUUCAUCUUUGACGGUCUGGAUGAGUGUCGACUUCCUCUGGACUUCCACAACACUAAAAUCCUCUCUGAUGCCACAAAAUCAGCCUCCAUGAAUGUGCUGCUGACAAACCUCAUCAGGGGAAACCUGCUUCCCUCUGCUCGCCUCUGGAUAACCACACGACCUGCAGCAGCCAAUCAGAUCCCUCCUGGGUGUGUUGACAUGGUGACAGAGGUCAGAGGGUUCACUGACCCACAGAAGGAGGAGUACUUCAGGAAGAGAUUCAGAGACGAGGAGCAGGCCAGCAGAAUCAUCUCCCACAUCAAGACAUCACGAAGCCUCCACAUCAUGUGCCACAUCCCAGUCUUCUGCUGGAUCACUGCUACAGUUCUGGAGGAUGUGUUGAAGACCAGAGAGGGAGGAGAGCUGCCCAAGACCCUGACUGAGAUGUACAUCCACUUCCUGGUGGUUCAGGCCAAAGUGAAGAACGUCAAGUAUGAUGGAGGAGCUGAGACAGAUCCACACUGGACUCCAGAGAGCAGGAAGAUGAUUGAGUCUCUGGGAAAACUGGCUUUUGAUCAGCUGCAGAAAGGAAACCUGAUCUUCUAUGAAUCAGACCUGACAGAGUGUGGCAUCGAUAUCACAGCAGCCUCAGUGUACUCAGGAGUGUUCACACAGAUCUUUAAAGAGGAGAGAGGACUGUACCAGGACAAGGUGUUCUGCUUCAUCCAUCUGAGUGUUCAGGAGUUUCUGGCUGCUCUUCAUGUCCAUCUGACAUUCAUCAACUUUGGAGUCAAUCUGCUGGUAGAAGACAAGACAAUCUACCAUGAAUCAGCGUUGACACAAUACCUCCAGAGUGCUGUGGACGAGGCCUUAAAGAGUCAUAAUGGACACCUGGACUUGUUCCUCCGCUUCCUCCUGGGUCUUUCACUGAAGACCAAUCACACACUUCUACGAGGUCUACCGACAGAGAUGGGUAGCAGCUCAAAAACUAACAAUUCGAUAAUUCAGUACAUCAAGGAGAAGAUCAGUGAGACUCUGUCUCCAGAGAGAAGCAUCAAUCUGUUCCACUGUCUGAAUGAACUGAACGAUCGUUCUCUAGUGGACGAGAUCCAACAGUACCUGAGUUCAGGAUGUCUCUCCACAGAUAAACUGUCUCCUGCUCAGUGGUCAGCUCUGGUCUUCAUCUUAUUGUCAUCAGAAAAAGAUCUGGACGUGUUUGACCUGAAGAAAUACUCUGCUUCAGAGGAGGCUCUUCUGAGGCUGCUGCCAGUGGUCAAAGCUUCCAAGAAAGUUCUGUACGUGUGGACGAGUUUUUUUCAGAAUGCAGUAAAUGUGCUGUUAUUGACCCAAAUAGAAUUAUUAUUUUCUUGUUCUGUUCAUUAUUCUUUAUCCAGACUGAGUGGCUGUAACCUCUCAGAGAGAAGCUGUGAAGCUCUGUCCUCAGUUCUCAGCUCCCAGUCCUCUAGUCUGAGAGAGCUGGACCUGAGUAACAACAACCUGCAGGAUUCAGGAGUGAAGCGACUGUCUGCUGAACUGAAGAGUCCACACUGUGUCCUUGAAACUCUCAGGCUGUCAGGCUGUCUGAUCACAGAGGAGGGCUGUACUUCUCUGGUCUCAGCUCUGGACUCCAACCCCUCCCAUCUGAGAGAGCUGGACCUGAGCUACAAUCAUCCAGGAGACUCAGGAGUGAAGCAGCUGUCUGCUCGACUAGAGGAUCCAGGCUGGAGACUGGACACUCUCAGGGUGGAGCCUGCUGGAGUCCGAUGGUUGACACCAGGUCUGAGGAAGUAUUCCUGUGAGCUCACAGUCGACACAAACACAGUCAGCAGAAACAUCAAACUGUCUGACAACAACAGGAAGAUGACACGUCUGAAGGAGGAUCAGUCAUAUCCUGAUCAUCCAGAGAGGUUUGACCCCUAUAUUCAGCUGCUGUGUAGAACUGGUCUGACUGGUCGCUGUUACUGGGAGGUCAAGUGGAGAGGAAGAGUUUCUAUAUCAGUGAGUUACAGAAGAAUCAGAAGGAGAGGAGACAGACAAGACUGUGUGUUUGGACGGAAUGAUCAGUCCUGGAGUCUGAGGUGCUCUGAUGAUGGUCGUUACUAUGUCUGUCACAGUAACAGAGAAACAGUCCUCUCCUCCUCAUCCUCCUUCUCCUCCUCCUCUGGUAGAGUAGCAGUGUAUGUGGACUGUCCUGCUGGCACUCUGUCCUUCUACAGAGUCUCCUCUGACUCACUGAUCCUCCUCCACACCUUCAACACCACAUUCACUGAACCUCUUUAUCCUGGAUUUGGGCUCAUCUGGUCCAGUUCUGGUUCCUCCUCAGUGAGUCUGUGUGGUGUUUAGUGUGCAGAGUCUCCUCCUGUCACAGAAACAUUGUCAGUGCUGAACAGUUGAGUCUGUACAGGAUCACAGUCACAUCAAUCUUUCAGCUUCUUGUAAUAAAUUCAUCAACUUUGUACAAAAUGAUUCAGACUGAUUGAAAAGAUUCUUCAUUUACAUUUGAAACUUCUUCCAUUAAAUUGUGGAAAUUGAAGUUCUGAGGUUGUGGGUUCAAGCCUGGAGUCAGAACCAGUAAGAAAGGAAGGACGAGUAUCUGAUGACGUCGCUUCCACUGUUAAAGUUGUGAGUUCAAAUCCUCGAGGUUUUCAGACAAUUAUUUAGUGGUCAAAAGAAGAGAAACGCUCAAAGAAAGUGAUUCAUUUAAGACUGAUUCAUCAGCUCAGGAUGGUGAAGUGAUGCUGUUAAGUCUGAAGGUUGUGGGUUCAAUUCCUGGGUAGUUCAGGUGAUUUUAAACCUGAUGUCCACAGAAAUAAAACAGG